AGUUUGCUAAAUGACUGCAGCAAGAAAAUACAGUGCCGGAGCGCGACGAACCUGGCUCCGCCGCCUGCACGGUACCUCCGCGUGUCUGUGCGCGCGCGCCGGGCUCAGCCAGUGCCGCUGGUCCGCGCCUUUUCACGGUAGUCCAACCUCUCAGAGAGGACUGAUUGAUUUCCUGGUUUUUGGGGGGAGCGGUGCCCGCAUGGGAACGGAUGCGGAGCGCAACUUGACCACCACCAGACAAUGGGAGUAGCUGAUCCGCGCUGCUGCAGCGCCAAGUGCUACUACUACUACUCGCCCCUGGGAAACAAGUACGGGAGACAGGAGGAGAAGCGACAGCAGCAGGAGCAGAAGGAGCAAGAGAGGGAGGAAGGGAGAAGGAGGCAGACUUGUUCUACCUGCGGACCUCCGUCUCUGAGCAGCAGAGCCGGGACUCCCGCACCUGCCUGUGCGCACGGAUCCAAAGCGACGCUUCCGCCUCUGGGAUGCGUGUGAGGAACAAAAGCUCUGCAGCUCUCUGCGGCUCUGUUGGGAUUAGGGAAUAAAACACGCAUGCACUGUUUGUCUGUCCUCGGGAGACAACGAGGCGCAGGCCGUGAUUUUUCUUUUUUUCACCAAUGAAGGAAUAUGUUUCAUUUUCCCUCUAACCGCUGUGGAUCGCACAGCCUGGACUCAAGUGUAAUUGGGUGUAAUUGCAUGUCAACUCUCAGCAGCCUGUGAGCAUCAGACCUCAUCUAGAGGACCCCUCCGCUCCUCCUCCCCUUUCUGCUCCCUCUGCACCUCGAGCCAAAACCUGGACCAGCUUCCUCCCCGCAGCCGCGCCGGUGCGUCUGCCUGCCGCUGUCCGUGGUCCUGAAACUGUUUCCUGCUGGAUUUUGUUUUUCCGCGGAUCCACGGUGGCUUCAGGCGUGAGUGCGCACACAAGCAUGACUGCGCGGCCGGUUGGGAGGUUAUGAGCAUCCCGCGGCUCGGCACCGGCGACUCCGGAAUCUGAAGCACACGCAGAAAGCGGAACAUUCUCGGCUCACCUUGGAGGUCAUAAACCAUAAACACAACCCCCCCUCCCCUCUCCUCCUCUCCCUCCUCCUUUUCCACCACUAAAGGAUUUUGUUUUUUCUUGAGGGGGAUCCAUCCUCUCAGGAGUGUGACCCCCCACCACCACUAUUCAGCAACACCUUCACCCCCAGACAAAAUGAGACUGGCGAAAAUGUACCUACUAAACGUGCUGGGGAUCUAUUUGUGGGAGACGGUAGUGUUUUUCAGCUUGGCGGCAUCAAAAGAAGCUGCGGCGAGGAAAGCUGCCUCCCCAAUGCCGCCCUCGGAGUUCCUGGACAAACUCAUGGGCAAGGUUUCGGGCUACGAUGCCAGAAUCCGACCGAAUUUUAAAGACCCCAAAGGCUCCAAAAAUGAAGCUACUCACAAGAAAGGUCCUCCCGUAAACGUAACCUGCAACAUUUUUAUCAACAGCUUUGGCUCCAUCGCUGAGACAACAAUGGACUACCGAGUGAACAUCUUCCUGCGGCAGCAGUGGAACGACCCCCGGCUGGCCUACAGCGAGUACCCCGACGACUCGCUGGACCUGGACCCGUCCAUGCUGGACUCCAUCUGGAAGCCCGACCUGUUCUUCGCCAACGAGAAGGGGGCCAACUUCCACGAGGUCACCACCGACAACAAGCUGCUGCGCAUCUCCAAGAACGGCAACGUGCUCUACAGCAUACGAAUCACGCUGGUCCUGGCCUGUCCCAUGGACCUGAAGAACUUCCCCAUGGACGUCCAGACCUGCAUCAUGCAGCUGGAGAGCUUCGGCUACACCAUGAACGACCUCAUAUUCGAGUGGGACGAGAAAGGAGCGGUGCAGGUGGCCGACGGCCUGACGCUGCCUCAGUUCAUCCUGAAAGAGGAGAAGGACCUGCGCUACUGCACCAAGCACUACAACACAGGUAAAUUCACCUGCAUCGAGGCCCGCUUCCACCUGGAGCGUCAGAUGGGCUACUACCUGAUCCAGAUGUACAUCCCGUCGCUGCUCAUCGUCAUCCUGUCCUGGGUUUCCUUCUGGAUCAACAUGGACGCUGCUCCGGCCCGCGUGGGUCUGGGCAUCACCACGGUGCUGACCAUGACCACACAGAGCUCCGGCUCCAGAGCCUCUCUGCCCAAGGUGUCCUACGUGAAGGCCAUCGACAUCUGGAUGGCCGUGUGUCUGCUCUUCGUCUUCUCGGCGCUGCUGGAAUACGCCGCCGUCAACUUCAUCGCCCGCCAACACAAGGAGCUGCUGCGCUUCCGACGGAGGCGGCGACACAUGAAGGAGGACGACACGGGCGAGGGCCGCUUCAGCUUCCCCGGCUACGGAAUGGGCCCCGCCUGCCUGCAGGCCAAGGACGGCAUGGCCAUCAAGGGCAACAACAACAACGCCCCGGCCUCGGCCGCGCCCGAGAAGAGCAUCGAGGAGAUGAAGAAGCUGUUCAUCAGCAGGGCCAAGCGCAUUGACACGGUGUCCCGCGUGGCCUUCCCGCUCGUCUUCCUCAUUUUUAACAUUUUCUACUGGAUCAUUUACAAGAUCAUCCGCAGCGAGGACAUCCACAAGCAGUAGUGGAGAGGAGGAGGAGGAGGAGGAGGAGGAGGAGGCUGGCGACGCGAAGAGGACAACGCAAAGAAACAAACAGUAGGAACAGGAAUUCUCCUCGCUCCCUUUUCCGCACCUGCUUCCCUCGUCCUGUUCCUUCAUCCUCUUCCUCGGUUGGAGGAGGAUACGUUGCGUUUUCGUGGCUAUGGAACCGGCGCCGUCCCACCUGACCCUCACUAGUCUUUGUUUGAGAUAUAUAUUUGAUUUCCUCUCCUGUCUCCAAGCCCACCCUGCUCCCUGUCGUAUCACCUCCCCAUUCAUCCGGACCAGUGCAAUAGCAAUGCAGUAAAAUGCAUGAUUUAUGAAUGUGGCAAUAUAUUAAUGAAAAGAUGAAAAUGAAAAAGUAAAUACUGACUUUUGCAGACGCAUCCAAUAAACUGUUUGGGUGUGGAUGGAUUGGAACAAACAGAGAGGUUGAGAAUCUUGUAAAGGGUCUUGUAUCUGAAUUAGUUUUUUUUGUGUGAAGACAGAUAUACAAUUCUAUAUAAAAGCGUGAUGUGGGGGCGGGUGGGGGACGUGAGAGACUUACAGCAGUGUAAUAUACUUUACCAUAAUGAGAAAAAUAUGAAUUUUAUUUUGAAAGGCAGGUAUCUGGAAAUGAAGAACGAAGGCGGAUCAAUGCUUCCAUUAAACAAAGUGAUGCAAGCGUCACGUUGUGUAUAUUUAAAUUUGCUUCAAACGUGUAUUGCCAGCAGUUGUCAGCGCUUUUCCUCCCCCAGCCCGCUGAGCCGCUGCCAACACCCUAAAACCUCGAACUGCACAAACUCUGUCGCAGUCAAUCAGACGACUGGGCAAAAAAGAAAAAGAAUCCAAAAACACUGGACAAGCAGUGUUGAUGGUUGCGAGACAGAAAAUAUCAUUUCUGUGUGAUCAACGUGCUCCUAUACUUCGGUUCUUUAUGUAUGUGCCAACUGAACAUGUUGUGGCUGUGCGUCGCUCUCUUCUCGCCGAGGUUUGACCUCGCACCUCUUCUUUCAAUCUUUGGCAUAUUCAUUUAUUUUCAUUGUGUGAAGAAAAAGCAAAUCGACCCUGGACCAAGCAAAUCGCACAUCCUCGUUUGCUUUCCAUAUUGUGUUCACUGGGACUUGAACAUAGACAUGUUUACAUCUUAUUAAUGCUUUGUCCAUUCCUAAAUGUGACGCCCCCUCCAUCCCCAGCUAAGACCAUAUAUGUUGUAUAAUAUACAGAUAAAAACAUCUGUUGUACCUUAAUUUCCAUCUCAUUCACAUUAUGACCAACUGUAGCUGCAGACUUCACAUUCAUUUAGGGGAAAUUACGCCAUUAUCAUCAGCAUAGAAAGGAACAUGAGCUUUGAUUUUGUCGCCACCCUGUUGGACAGGAUUUGGUUGUUCAGCAAGUCUUUAGCUUUGAUGAUCUGUCAGAUGAUGCGUCUUUAUUUUACUUUGCACCGGGCUUCUCUAUGCAAUAAUUGGUAUAUGCAAUUAUGUUGUCUUUACUUUUGGCUCCCCCAUUUUUGUGGUGUCCUGAGUCUUUUAUGCUUGUGGGUAAAUAUGUAUUUUAAAACCACAGUGAAGACAGUGUCCACCUGUCUCAAGACAGAGCAGGAUCUAAAUCAGUGUUGUUUUAUUUUAUGUUUCAAGUUAAAUUUGCAAAAAGUACAUUUACAGUAAAAGUAGUUAAUGAUGAAAGUCUCAUUCAGUUAAAUUUAGUUUUUGGGGAUUUUUGCUGUUGUUAUUUUGUUUAUGCAGAAAAUGUUUCCAGAUGUUUAAGGGAUGUACUCUAUUUUCUGCUACACCGUCACUGCCAUUCAUUUUCACAGGAACAAACCUUUGUGCUUUCUGUAAAACAAUAAGGGAGAAGAUGAAAACCAUUCUGUCAGUAGGAAAUGGUCCCAGCUCGGCAGGACGGUCCAACCAGUGUUCUUCAGCGAUGAGCUGCUCGUUUAGUUGUUGAGUAGAUGUAGCCUGAUAGUUUUCUUUUUCUACUUUUGUGCUGAGCUUUGCUAACAACGUCCAACAAGUCAAGAGUUUGAAACAAAAAAACUGAACCUCAAUAAAAAUGUGUCAAACUUCAGACCUGCAGGAAGCGCGUCCUGGACUCAGGUCACUUAAAACCUUCAACUUUGAAGCGUUGGUCACAAUGAAAAUGUCUCAGUCCAACUUGGUUUUGAUGAUGUUUGGAAAAAUGCUUUAUUUUUGUUAAAUUAUAUCAGAUAAACUAAUGAUGUUUCACACUACAAUCAGAUAAUUACUUUUGAACUGUUUCAGGUUUUUCUGGUGGUUUGUUUUAAACCUGCCUCAAAGUCAACGUUUCCAUCUGUAAAAGUAAUUGUGCUUCUAAUGAGUUCAGAGUGCGAUGCGGAUCUGAAGGGCUAUGCCACACAUUUGUUCUGUUCGAGUUUAAACCUGUUUAAAUUUUAAAGUGAAAGUGCCAUAAAAGAAGUGAUUCAGCAAAAACUAUGCAUUUCAGUCAAUAAAUCAUUCAGAUGUAAAAGCUUUCAUGGCCAUGAUCACAAAGGAAGCAGUUCAUUGAGCAAUGCUCAUACAGCUUUUGUUUCAGACGAAGAACCUCUGGAAGGAAAUACAGGAGAAUGCCAACAUUCACAUGCAUGUUGGAAAUAAGCUCACAACAUGCGUUAACUCACGCCUGCUCUUCAUGUUUUAUGCAAGCAGCACAAAGUGCUACCAGGAACAAAAGGCAGCUUAAAGGGAGGCAUGCGCAUGGUCGUCUGGUCAGACAGCUGCCAGUCCUGUUCCUUAGCCACCAAAUGUGUGCAUCCUCAUCAGACUAAAGGGAUCUCUCUUACUGGUUGUUUAAUGCAGCACCUACAAACCUACGUCACAUCAAAGGCCUUUAUGUUUCCUUAAACGCAGCUGGAUGAGUCUGAAAUGAACUUGCUUUAAUGUCAUGAUUUCAUAUGUAGCACAACUCAGCUCAGGGCUGACUUUCGUAACAGCAGCUCUAUUUAAGAGUAGACGAGGUGACGUAGACACCGAGUCAGCAAAGCUGCUGUUUAGGCCAAUCCAAGCCUUGUGUCUGGUUUUUAGAUGCAGAAACUACAAAUGUCGACAUGAAUCCAGCUUCCUGUAACUUAACGGCUGUAGACUUUGCUUAUAUUAAUAAGCCUCUUGGCUUCGUAGCACAGCCCACGACACGUAGAGGAGACAUGAGAUGGGCUGUUUCUUCCAUCAGAUCACACAUCCCAUAAACAACCGUAUGAUGGACAGCUAGUACCACAUUAAAGCUUAGUGGCCGUUCACUCCAUGCCCCAAAUGCUGAAACGUCUUCAAUGUUCCCCAUGUUUUAAUUCCUUCACCACAUUUUCCACCUGAUACUGGACCAAAUCCAACCCCAACAAUAAGACAAGGUGAUGUUAUUCUCUCAUUUAUAACCUUUUGUUUUUGUUGUCAGACUGAAGGGUUGCUAGGCAACGCUCCUUCAGGCCUGAGCGGUUCCCUCUAGAGUUGUCAUGCCCCUCUCUGAUCAUGGCCAAACCUCAGCUGGGGAACGAACGCAGGCCAACGUUUAUCUCCCCUCGUCUUUGUGCCAUAGACACUGAAUAUGGAAAAGCCAGAGCGCGGCCCAUUUUCCUGUAGUGUUCACAGAACUGGUGCCAUACUGGGCUUGAUGCAUAUCGUGCAUCCAGCCACCACUUCCCAUCCAGAGUCGUGGCCGGGUUGCGUGUCACAGUCAUGUCAGAGCGUUGUCGUCUCUGUUACUCAUUGUUCCAUGAGGCUGGGGGAGGGUUGGUUCCUUACACCACAGACGCUGGGUUUGCUUGUAUUAUUAGACUGAACAAAGGUUCUGAAGGGGAUUUGAAGCCGCAUGGUUUGAGGUUUGUCUGUGAUUAAUGAUCCCUGAUGGGUUUGAGGAUUCUGUUUGGUUGUCCUGUAUUUUAUUGUAUGUAUGGUGCAAUUUGAUGCCCUGAGGGAGAAGGAAAAAACUCCUGAACUGCUGUGAACUAAAGGAAAUAUGAUUAUUAUUCUAUUUAUUUAUUUAAUUUCUUUGCACAAGUUGGAAUGGCCUUAUUUUUGCUUUACUUGCUUCUAUUGUGUAUUGGCACUAAGUGCGCCCAUGUAGUUUGCAGAAAUCGCAGUGCUCAUUACGAUGCUUAUAAUCCAAGACUGCACAUCCAAGCAGGAUUUUAAAAAAGAAAAGCAAAUCCUUUUUAUUUUUCAUUAAUCUGGAAACAAUAUUUUGCAUGAGUAUAAAUACAAUGGCAGAUAUUUUGGCUUGUACAAUAAAAUGUGAAGCAAUUUGAAGAGAAAAAAAGAAUGUACCAUUUCUGCUGUAUCUGUAUAUAUCUAAAUAUUUAUUGAAAUAUGUCAUACUACUAAUUCUAUUAACGAUUAAAGGUUUUCUGAACAAAAAUCUCCUUACCUGUUUUUGAACAUUGUCAAGAUUGUUGGAGAUGGAUCUUCUGCUUUCUGUUACUCGACUCAAGGAUCUGUAUAACCAUUAAAGAAAAACUAUUAAAAACAGCUAAUAAAUCA